AUGAGGCGGCACUUUCCUCACUGGACCAACCCAAGGACCAAAAAAAAAGAAAAAAGAGUUUGAAAGGGAGCGUGUGUGAACUAGGCAUCUAGAUUGGCCAUCCGUUUUCAAUCAACUUAUGACAUUACUGAUACACUAUUACAUGUUUUACUCAAUUGCAUUUUUAAUGAACUAACGUGUAUGAACUGAAUGAUAAUGCAUGUUUUAAUGUCACAGGCGCAUUCACUGGUUAAAAAAUGUGACCUAAUAGUAAUGUGAAAAUAUGUACGAUAAAAGCUUUUCUUUUUUAUUUUUAUUUUUUAUUGUUAUUUUAUUUUUAACAGCGACUGAUGGACGUUUAAGCAAUUCCCACAUUGAAGCUAUUUUUAAUACAUUAAUACCAUCAGGAUGCUAUGGAUAUGUUUUAAAAUGUGUGUAUUUGAAUGAUAGAGAUUUAUAUUUUAUUUCGAUGAAUACAGUAUAUGCAGAAUGCAAGAUAAGGAAUUUUUUGUGUGCAUUUUUGUUCUAGAUGAGCUGAGCUACGUCCGCUAUGGUAUUUUUUUACAAACAAAAUCAACAACAUUGCUUAUUUUCCUGAAUUGCAACUGGAAAUUGCGCAUGCGUACAACACUGCGUAAGCAUAACAUUGAUUUACCGAGACACUAAAAUAAUCCACAAUAAUAGAUUUAUAAUGCUUAGUUGCCUGAAUGAUAUAUAAAAUCAAGUUUUUUUUAAAAAAAGACGCACGUGGAAAGGUACGAGAAACAAUGCGCAUGCGUACAAAAAAAUUAAUGUUAGCUCCACAACCGGAAGUCCCACUCCCGAAACCCAGUCGGUGUUUGUCACCGCAGACAUACGCACACUUAGCAGAUGUUUAAGCGUUUAUAGCGUAAUUAUUACACACUAUUAAGUUUACCGGUAUCGUUAAGAAGUGCUUAUGAAUACAUACGGUGAAGAAAUGGAUUCCAGAAUGCACCCGUGGAAACCGAAGGAAAGAAAGCGCCGGAAGAAAAAGAAGAAGGAAAAAGAGAACACCGAGACUGAUGGUCCACAGCAGUCCAACAAGGAGGAGAAUCUGGCGGUUGGAGAUAAAUUGCGAGACAGCGAGGGAGGCGGGACAGAAGUCGGAGCGGAAGUCGGAAUGGAAGCUGCAGCGGAAGUCGGAAUGGAAGCUGCAGCGGAAGUCGGAAUGGAAGCUGCAGCGGAAGUCGGAAUGGAAGUGGGCUCCCGUGGCGAAAGCGAUUCUCGCGAUGUUAAGGAGCUUGAUUUGACAAGUUGUUUCAUGAGGAACGCUUCCCAAAUAGUUCAGCGUAAAUUGAAGCAGAAACCUAAGAAGGAGAACGGGAGUAAGAAGCCACUCGGCAAAGAACAACUUCCAAAGAAAUCCGAUAAGGACAUCGGGAAGGAGGUGUCUGCAGGCAAACACGCUAAUAUUAAAAUAAGCUACGCCCUCGCUGAUGGUGGGAAUAAGUGUGCUAACUCCGGACAUUUUCAGUUGGCGGUGGAUUAUUUUACCCGAGCCAUCCAGUAUAAUCCUACGGAUGUCAAGUUGUUUGUAAACCGCGCAUUCUGUUUGGAGAAGUUGCAGGAAUACGAGAAGGCCCUGGCCGACGCGGAGUUGUGCCUCGGCAUGCGCCCGGGUUGGAAUAUAGGACUUUUUCGCAAGGGACGAGCUUUAGCGGGUUUAAAGAGAUACCAGGAGUCAAUCCAGGCCUUCCAGGAGAUUCUGAAGAUGGACGGCUCUUGUGCUGAGGCCACCCAAGAAAUUAUGCGAACGCAGAUCAAGCAGCUCAUGGCGUACGGAUUUACGCAGGAGCAGAGUUCAAAUGCCUUAAAUAUACACGGGACGGUGCAGAAAGCACACGAGGAGCUAUCCAGAUUAAACCCGCGUAUCGCCCCACAAGGCCCGGCGGCUCCCAAAAUCCCGGCGAAGACCCGACCCCUCGUGACGCCCAGCCUCCAAACUCAAGAGGAUCAUCCUUUGGAACUAUUUCCGGUGUGGGUGGGCAACCUGACUCCGGCGGUGACGGAACAGCUGCUCUUCAACCUGUUCAGCAGGGUGGGUUCGCUUCACAGCGUCAAGCUCCUGGUGAACCGACGCUGCGCCUUCGUGAACUUUACGCGACAGGAGUGCUGCGACGAAGCCAUCCGACUAUUUCACCGCUUUGCGCUGAUGGGCCAGUGGAUUGCUGUUAGAUAUCCCGACAGGAUCCCCACGGGCAUGGGCUUUUCCAAGGCAGCCCUCAAGGCAAGACCUCCACACUGACAAUUCCCAGCAGAAUUCAAGCGGGAGUGGCUACAUGCACCCCAACAGACAAUAAACGAAGAAAAGAAGGGCCUUUUUAUUUUAUUUUUUAUUUUUUUAAAUAAACCCCACACCCUCUUUUAGAUUUAAAAAAAAAUUAAUUAAAUUGUGACUUUUCUUUCCCAUUUAAUUAAAGGACAACAAAAUGAUUUUCUGUGCAUUUGCUGGCUCAACCAAAUAAAGGUACUUUUUAUUUCUUAUUUUACUUUUAAAAUAACGUUUUUAUUUUAUUAACGUUAUUAAGUAUUAACAAUAUUAAGUUAUUAGGCAUUAUAGGUGUGAAAAUUAAAACAUUUCAGAGAAAAUUUUCUUUUUCGUCCAAUGUUUGUGGCUUCUGGUAGCCGGGCAGAAUUUGAGGUCCACAGUGAAAGAAUGGCCACCGUAUUCUGCUCAAAUUACGUCUAUUUUUGUGGGUCCACAACAUUUCAGCUUCAGUCUCUCAAAAUGACAUCUUAUUUUCAAAAAUGUUUGAUUUUCUCUCCAAGCUGAGACUUUUUUUCUCGUUAAAUUCCAACUUUAUUCAUGUAAAAUUUCCGCUUUUGUAUUUAUAGUCUUUGAAGUUACGACUAUUUCCUUGUAAAAUUACGUUAGUCACGUAACAUUUCAGCUAUAGUCUCGGAAGAUCCUAACUUAUUUUCACUUCAGUUUGACUUUAUUCUUGUAAUAGUUCAACUUUAUGCAUGUGUACUUUAUUUCAGCUUUUCAUUUUUAUUUUUUUACAUCAAAUAACAACUUUUCCCAUCAUUUCACCACUUAUUGUGUCAUAUCAAAAAACCUGAAUCUUAAAUUACUAUCUCAAGAUAUUUACACUUUUGUUUGUAUUUUUUAACUUUUUUUGUUUUUUUCCCCUCAGAAAAUAGUCGACUUUUCUUAUGAUGUUAUGACCUUGUAAAAUGGGUUGAUUUUCAUACAAUUAUGAAUUUAUUCACAUAUUUUAGCUUUUUCCCUAUCAUACCCUGGCUUUUAUCGCGUAUACCAAAACACUGUCCUAAAAUUAGUAUCUUAAAAUAUUCACUUUUAAAAUGUUUUUUCUUGGAAAUGGAGAAGUUAUGACCGUAUGACAUUUUCUCCUAAAAUUAUGUCUUCAUUUUAAUUAAAUUAGGACUUAAUUGUCAUAUUUGUAAUGUAAGCUUUAGUUUGAUAACUUUGUGUCUGUUACAGUAUGACUUUUUCCAUAAAAUGAUUUUUUUUUUUCUUCUUCUUUGUAAUGUUACCAAUUUUAUGUUGUAAUAUUUGGCUUUUGUUCUUGUAAUGAAGUGUCGUCUGUCGUCGCUGUUAUUUUGGGCUCGUCGGUAAGUGUUUUUUCCAGUUGAUACAUUGAGUGAGCGAGCGAGUGGGUGUUGGUGCUUUUAAUCUUGUGGGGGGAUGUUAAUGCAGACAAAAUGGCUGACAAUGAUAGCAAGUCAUGGGAGAGGAAGUUGAAAUAGUAUUUGGCUAUAUUUGGAAUUGGCUAUUUAUAGCCUUCCCCGAUUGUGAAAUGUGCCGGCCUUCAUCGUGGCAUCACUGUUGUUUGUUCAUUUAAAGUAGUAAACAUUUUUUUUUUUUAGAUAAUUGCGUAAUUUCAAAAAAAUAAAUAAAUAAAAACAUUUUCUUACAGCGACAGUAUUUUCCCUCACAAUGUUAUCGAUUUUAUUUUUCAUAAUUGCAUUCAAAGUAUGGUCAUUGUUCAGAUGUGGUUCUGUGAAAAAAAUGUCAAAGUGCAAAAUUGAUAUCGGACUGCCAUCAUAUCGAUAUCAAUGCUUUUGUAUCGACACUAUAUUAAGUCAUUCACUUCCAACCUUCCCAGUUAACAUGGCUAUUUGACUUCUAAAGCCGUCAAUGGCAGUGAAUGUGUUAAGUGAUAACGUCAUGAUAUAUGGCGAUAUUAACAAAAAAUAGGUUUACCUUAUUUCGGUUGUGGCUCAGAGAAAAGAAAAAGGUUGCACAACUGAUAUGGGACCACCAUGCUAUCAAUUGAUUCUGGUGUGUUGUUGUUGGUAACGAUACGUUGCACAGCUAAUCAAAAUACAUUGACAUUGUUUGGUUGUGUUUCUGAGAGAAAUGGUCUAAAGUUAACAUAUCAGAGGGCUUUGAUGUGUAUGUGCUGGAUUGUGAGCGACAAUGAUAUGGUACCCUGUUUAGAUUUGAUUUUUUUUGCUGGACUUGCACUUUAAAAAAGACAAAAAGACCCUUUGUCUCCCCCCCCCCCCCCCCCCCCCGAUCACGUCUGUAUCAAUUACAAUGCUUGUGAAGCAUCCACGAUGAAGGAGAGACAAGAGGAUAUGCUUUUAUGCUGAUGAGAAGUAGUUUGGGAGGAGGAGGGUCUCGGAUAAAAAUGGAAGUGCCCCCCUCCCCCACCUUUUCCUUCCUCUCCCCUCCACCGUAUCAAAGCUUCCUGCUGGAGUCUAGGGAGGGAGAGUGGGAAGGAGGAGAUGUCCCAGCUGUGUUUGACAGGUCUCAUGGCUGAGCUGUGUGGUCGGAUGCUCAGUGAGGGAGGGAAGGAGGGAGGGAGGGUGGGCGCCCAACCUCUCCCCCAACACAAACACACAGACAGAGGGGGUGGAAAAGGGAUGUAAAAGCCUGAACAUCUCAACAUACACCAAAUGAUACCCCAUGCACUUUCUUUUUUCUUUGUUUUUUUAUUUAUUUAUUUUUUUUUAGGGGGCGGAGUUGCGGUGCUCCGUUUUUCUGAUCCCUGGCCAAGCACUGUCCUGAAAUAGACCAAAAAAAAAUAAAAAAACAUUUCAAGAACUUUUGGAGGCACUGUUCGUCGAGCCCAGCCCACCGGAAGCCUGAGGCCCCUCCUCGACUCGCAACAGGCCCGCCCAGGCUCCUCCUCCCUCCCUCCCGGAUGGGUUCCCUCCCUCGCUGCCCUCCUCGCCGGUGCCUCUGAGAUGAGGAGAGAAGUUCGGCCGCGGCACGCCACCACACUCCGCUCCGCAGUCGCCGCCGUCUCCCGUUGAAGUGCAACGGACCUGGGGUGGGGGUGGGGGGGAACAAAAAAAAAAAGAAAAAAAAAAAAAAAGGACCAGGAGGAGCUUCCUUCCGAAGGAAUAACAUCUCAGCCACCUGGUAACUUUUGGGGUUGGCUUUCUUUUUUUUCUUU